AUGUGGUCCUGUCAGCAAAAGGUUCCCCCGGCUCUGUGCCGUGGCCUGUUUACCACCAGGUUCGCCCCGCGGCCACGACGAGCCUUCCACCUCACAAGCGCAGCUGGUCUGCCCCGAAAACGCGAUUUCUUCACCUCGAAUGUACUCCUCUCCUCCAACGGCGACGCCUCAGCCCACCGCGGGAGAAGCAACGAUGAGCCCCAAACAGUCGAGCCAGCGGCGGCAUCGAAACGCAAGCCUGUGCACCGAGCUGCCGGCGCGAAGAACUCGCUGCGCCGCGUCGCCAUCAUAGCCCAGCGACCAUCGCAGCGGCCCGCCGAUGACCCGGUCCUCGAGAUGCCUGACACGACAGAAUCGGCCAUGGUCACGUCGGCCGUCUGCGUCGCCGAAGCUUUCAACAUGACGAGCGUCCUCGACAUCCUGCGCGCCCACGGCUUCGCCAUUGACCCCGACAACGCCGGGUUCGAGGCGUCCGAGGUGGUGCAUGCGCGCGGGGUCAACGGCGGCGACAUCUUCGUGUUCCCGUCCGGGACGAUCGUGACGUGGUCGCUGCCGCCGGACGUCGUGACGAAGCAGCUGAUGCCGGCGGCCGAGGUGCCGCUGGCUCCGGCGCAGCGCGGGGUCGAAGGACCUCGAAUACACGACGGACGCGGGCCGCGAGGCAGCGGCAUGAAGGGCGACGUCGUGGUGCUGGGCACGCGGCUCGAGGCGCGCGAGGGCAACACGCUCGACACGACCAUGGCCAAGAUUGCCUUCUCGUCGGGCUCGCGCGCAGCACCAAAGCUCGCCGUGCUCGAGAGCGCGCUGACGGCCUACUUUGAGAGCACGCGCGACAUCCCCGCGUCGCUGUCGCGCGGCGCCGGCGUGCCCAUGGGCCGCAAGUUCAUCCUGCAGAAGACGGGCGAGCUGCUGAGCCUGCGGGCGCGGCUCAACCACUACUCGGAGCUGACGGAUUCGCUGCCCGACAUUUUCUGGGACAGCCGCGCCGAGCUGGGGCUCGAGGGGUACUACGAGCAGGUCGGCCGGGCGCUGGACGUCAAUGUGCGGAUCAGGACGCUGAACCAGAAGAUGGAUUAUGCGCAGGAGAUCUCGACGGUGCUGCGCGAGAUGUCGAGCGAGCAGCACAGCACGCGACUCGAAUGGAUCAUCAUCAUACUGAUCGCUGUCGAGGUCGUCUUUGAGGUGAGGCGCAUUGUCAUGGAGUACAUGCAAGACGAGGAGAAGGAGGCCGCAUAG